AAAUACCAACAACAGCUGUUUUAUUUCCAAGUAUUAGGAAUGCAGUAUUUACUUUUUUAAUGCACGUUAUUAAUUAUUCACCAAAAUUACAAGUCAUCAUAUUUUUAUAAAAAUUUAAUAAUGGACAAAAUACAAAUACAAAUGGACAAGAAACGUGAAGUUACUCUUACUAAGCAUUAAAUUGAUUAACUUGCAAUAUGAGCUUGAACCUUGCCCAUAACCAUGUCUUUUAAGCAGUUUAUAGAAGACAAUAUUGAUAUUGAUUUUACACUUUGGUUGUCAUGGUUAUUGACUCCUUUGGUGAUUACCUUCCUGCUCCCCCUUGUAAUUGUGUUUUUGCUUUAUACAACAGCUUUAAUUUUAUAUAUUUACAAAUUGCACUGGAAUACUCUUCGUAGCACUUAUGCAACUGGUGGCCGUUGGGAUGCUGCUAGGAAGACUGUUGCUGCCAUAUGGGAUGCUCAUGGGUGGAUUUGGCAUGGAUAUGAAGUUAGAGGCAUGGAAAAUAUUCCAGAGUGUGAUUCAGCUUUAAUUAUUUACUAUCAUGGUGCUAUUCCAAUUGAUAUUUAUUAUUUUAUGGCUAAAGUACUUUUAAAUAAAAACAGACUUAUUCAUACAGUUGCUGACUACUUUUUAUUUAAAAUUCCAGGAUUCCCAAUAAUCUCUGAAUGUAUGAAAGUUAUACCAGGGACCAUACAGACAUGCUCUUCUGUCCUUAAAGAGGACAAUUUAUUGGCUAUAUCUCCUGGAGGUGUCUAUGAAUCUCAAUUUAGUCAUAAUUAUAAUUUAAUGUGGAAGAGAAGAUUGGGCUUUGCUAAAGUGGCUUUAGAAGCAAAAGUGCCCAUAAUUCCCAUGUUCACUGAAAAUAUUAAGGAGGCCUUUAGGACAGUUAGUAUAGCAAAGAGAAUAUUUCUUAAGUUAUAUGCUUGGACUAAAUUUCCAUUUGCCCCUGUUUAUGGGGGAUUUCCAGUAAAAUUGAUCACCCAUAUUGGCAAACCAAUACCUUAUGACCCCAAUUUAACACCUGAGCAACUGCAGGAGAAGGUUGCAGCUAUAUUGAGUGAUUUAAUAGAAAGAAAUCAAAAACUGCCUGGAAGCAUCCUCAGAGGAAUUUUAGAAAGAUUACCCUACUUUAGGAAAAAAGAGAGACAUAAAUUUGGAGAAAUUCAUAUUGAGUAAAAUAGAAUAAAUAAAUAAUGCACAUGUACUUAAAAUGUAAAGUUUAAAAGAUAUUCUUUUCUUAAGUAUUUGUAAUACAUUACAGUUUUUUAUCUCUUAUAGAUACGUAAUCCA